AGCUCCAUCGCAACACGACGUCAACCUCUUCCCCUCUGCCUCACCAAUUGCGCGCCCUCGACUGUCGAUAUCAUGGUGCAAGUUCCGGUCCAGACCCUUCAUAGGGACCCCCAGUUAUUCUACUGGAUCCUCAUCCCCAUCACCAUCGUCAUGGUCCUGACUGGUGUCCUCCGUCAUUACGCAUCCGUCCUCAUGGCGACCGCGCCUAAGAAGCAGGACAACAAGGCUAUGCGUGAGCAGCGGUCCCUCGCCCGCGGUGUCGCCCUGCGCUCCAACCACCACGCCCUCUCCCAGAAGGCCUUUGAGGCUCGCCGCGAUGUUCUGACCGCUGGCUUCGAGUCUGGGGCGUACUUGAAGGAGCCCGACCGCAAGGGACAACCUCCUGCGAACCCCCUGACCGACCCUAGUGCCAUGGAUGGUAUGAUGGGCAUGAUGAAGAACAACAUGGCUAUGAUUAUUCCCAACACGCUCAUCAUGAGCUGGAUCAACGCCUUCUUCAGCGGCUACGUUAUCAUGAAACUGCCCUUCCCCAUCACCAUCAAGUUCAAGAGCAUGCUGCAGGCUGGUGUGCAGACCAAGGAGAUGGACCCCCGAUGGAUGUCCAGCAUCAGCUGGUACUUCCUUUGCAUCUUUGGUCUUCAGUUUGUCUACGUCUUUCUCCUUGGCAGUGACAACGCUGCCAGCCAGGUCGCCCAGCAGAUGCAGGCGCAGCAGAUGGCUAACCCCAUGGCUGGCCCUGGUCAGGACCCUCACAAGCAGUUCAAGGCCGAGGCUGAGAACUUGGCUGUCGUCGAGCACUACUCAGUUCUGGACGAUGUUGAGGAGCGUUUCUUGGCGGGUAUCAAAUCGUAG